GAAGGAGUUGGCAGAGUCUCCUGCAGGGAUCGCGUCCGUCUCAGUGGAGGGGUACUGCUGAGCGAAGGGAGGGAAAGGUCUCAACAAGUUUCUACCACCUUGUCUCGCACAGUGAUUUAGAGAUGCAGAGCUGCGCCAAGUCCUGGGGGGUCUUCCUGGCCAAGUCGGUGAAUCCCAGCGCACCGUGCAGGCAUCUGAGUGACAAGAGCCGCGUGGUUUGGAAACUUCAGCGCAGGUUCCCAGACAGCUGUGCGUCCCUAACAACAGCAGCCCGUGGUGUGAGGACAUCGGCAGCCGCCUCCUCCAGACAGAUUGAGAGAAUAUUACCCAGGCACGAUGACUUUGCAGAGAGGCACAUUGGCCCAGGUGAGAGGGAGAAGAGAGAAAUGCUGGAUGUCCUGGGACUCGAGUCAAUCGAUCAGUUGAUCGAAAACACAGUUCCAGACUCCAUCCGUAUGCAGCGGAGUAUGAAAAUGGAUGACCCGAUCUGCGAGAAUGAAGUCCUGGAGACUCUACAGAAGAUAGCAUCAAAGAACAAAGUGUGGAGGUCCUACAUUGGCAUGGGUUACUACAACUGCUCUGUGCCGCCACCCAUCCAGCGGAAUCUCCUGGAGAAUGCAGGCUGGGUGACUCAGUACACGCCUUACCAGCCAGAGGUCUCUCAGGGUCGCCUGGAGUCUCUCCUCAACUACCAGACCAUGAUCUGUGACAUCACAGGCAUGCCAGUGGCCAACGCCUCCCUGCUUGAUGAGGGAACGGCUGCUGCUGAGGCCAUGCAGCUCUGCCACAGACAAAACAAGAGAAGAACCUUCUACAUUGACCCACGCUGCCAUCCCCAGACUAUUGCUGUGGUGCAGACAAGAGCCAACUACAUUGGGGUACAAACAGUGCUGAAGUUACCUCAUGAGAUGAACUUCAGCGGGAAAGAUGUGAGUGGUGUGCUCUUUCAGUAUCCAGACACCGACGGCAGAGUGGAAGACUUCACCUCCCUUGUAGACCGGGCACACAAAGGAGGGGCCCUGGCUUGCUGUGCCACGGACCUGCUAGCCCUUUGCGUGCUCCGCCCACCAGGAGAGUUUGGCGUUGAUAUUGCUCUGGGCAGCUCCCAGAGAUUUGGAGUUCCUCUCUGCUAUGGUGGCCCUCAUGCUGCCUUCUUUGCUGUCAAAGACAACCUGGUCCGGAUGAUGCCAGGGAGAAUGGUUGGAGUGACCAGGGAUGCAGCUGGGAAGGAAGUGUAUCGCCUCGCACUGCAGACCCGAGAGCAGCACAUCCGUAGAGACAAGGCAACCAGCAACAUCUGUACUGCACAGGCUCUGCUGGCCAACAUGGCUGCUAUGUACACUCUGUAUCAUGGUCCUCAGGGACUUAAACACAUCGCUGAGAGGACACACAAUGCUGCCUUGAUUCUUGCCGAAGGUCUGAAGAGGGCGGGACACCGGCUGCACAGUGACAUGUUCUUUGACACACUGAAGAUUAACUGUAGCGUGGCUGCCAAAGACAUUUUGGAGAGAGCAGUGCAGAGGCAAAUAAAUCUACGAGUCUACACCGAUGGAGUGCUGGGUGUUUCUCUGGAUGAGACGGUGACUGAGAGGGACUUGGACGACUUGCUCUGGGUCUUUGGCUGUGAAUCUUCAGCUGAGCUGAUUGCUGAAAAGAUGGGCGAGCGGGUGAAAGGGAUCAUGGGAAGUCCUUUCAAGAGGACAAGCAAUUACCUGGCUCACCAAGUCUUCAACAGUUACCACUCUGAGACCAACAUUGUUCGAUACAUGAAGCGCCUGGAGAACAAAGACAUCUCCCUGGUGCACAGCAUGAUACCACUGGGUUCCUGCACCAUGAAGCUAAACAGUUCAUCAGAACUCAUGCCCAUCACCUGGAAGGAGUUUGCCAACAUCCACCCGUUUGUGCCGCUCGAUCAGGCAGAAGGUUACCAGAAACUUUUCAGGCAGCUGGAAAAGGACCUCUGUGAGGUGACAGGCUAUGACAAGAUCUCCUUCCAGCCAAACAGUGGUGCCCAGGGAGAAUAUGCUGGACUGGCUGCCAUAAAAGCCUACCUGAACUCAAAGGGGGAGAGCUCAAGGAGUGUCUGUCUAAUCCCCAAGUCAGCCCAUGGCACCAACCCAGCGAGCGCUCAGAUGGCAGGCAUGAAGGUUCAGGUGGUGGAGGUGGACAAGGAUGGAAACAUAGACCUGCCGCACCUCAAGGCCAUGGUGGACAAACACAAGUCGUGCCUGGCGGCCAUGAUGGUCACCUACCCCUCCACAUUUGGUGUGUUUGAAGAGCACAUUGGAGACAUAUGUGACCUUAUUCACAAAAACGGUGGCCAGGUGUACCUGGACGGCGCCAACAUGAAUGCCCAGGUGGGUUUGUGUCGUCCUGGGGAUUAUGGCUCAGACGUGUCUCACUUGAACCUGCACAAAACAUUCUGCAUCCCACACGGUGGAGGAGGACCUGGCAUGGGGCCGAUUGGAGUGAAGGCCCACCUCGCCCCCUUCCUGCCCAGCCACCCUGUGGUCCCCAUGCAUUCGGUCAACAGCAGCAGCUCACUGGGCACCAUCAGCGCCGCUCCCUGGGGCUCCAGUGCUAUCCUACCCAUCUCUUGGGCUUACAUCAAGAUGAUGGGAUCCAAAGGACUGCUGCACUCCACUGAAGUCGCCAUCCUCAAUGCCAACUACAUGGCCAAGAGGCUGGAGGGUCAUUAUAAAGUCCUCUUCAGAGGCAGGAAAGGUUUUGUUGCCCAUGAGUUCAUUCUGGAUGUGAGGCCAUUCAAGAAGACGGCCAAUAUCGAGGCUGUCGAUGUGGCCAAGAGGCUGCAGGAUUAUGGUUUCCAUGCACCCACCAUGUCAUGGCCAGUGGCAGGUACUCUUAUGAUUGAGCCCACGGAGUCGGAGGACAAGGCUGAGAUGGACCGUUUCUGCGACGCUCUCCUUGGUAUCCGACAGGAGAUCGCAGACAUCGAGGAGGGAAGGAUGGACUCCCGCAUCAACCCGCUCAAGAUGGCCCCCCACUCUCUGGCAUGUAUUUCUUCCUCCAACUGGGACAGACCCUACUCCAGAGAGUUUGCUGCGUUCCCCUUGCCCUUCAUACGCCCCGAGACAAAAUUCUGGCCGAGCAUCUCCAGGAUCGAUGACAUCUAUGGCGACCAGCACCUUGUGUGCACCUGCCCACCAAUGGAGGUGUACGAGUCACCAUACGAGGAGAAAAGAGCCUCCUCUUAGACACACCCUGUGGCUCAGUCCCAAAGUCCAGCUCAAAGCCCUGAAACAUUGCAGAUUUAUAUAUUUGUGAGUAAAUGUGAAAAUACUCUAAUCGUUAGCUGUCACAGAGGCACUUCCUUUGUCAGUCAAGUCUGACGCUCAUACUUUAGAUAUAGUUUAUUAAAACUGAGCAACAUGACCUGGUAUAACAGCGUGUAUUUAAGUCAGCUGAAAUGUAUCACCAUGCCCUCCGCGUUUCAAAACUGGUGCAUACAGUCUGCAAGAGAAUGGAACAGCUCAGAGGCGUCGCUGAUGUGGUGGGUGGCAAAGAGUCAGUGUGAUGGACAUUGGGACUGUGUUGUCUGCAGCUGGAGUCGUGUUUCUCCCCAACUUGAACUAUUUAACUGGACCAAAUGUGCAACGUUUUGCUUUUCCAAGUCUGCAAAAUACACAGAGGCUUCUCCGUAACCCACCUCUGAAGUACUGCGCUUUGAGCCGAGUGCAGUUUUAAUUCCAAUAUCUCCAAUAUCUAUAUUAAAAAAAAAAAAAAACCCUCGGUGCCUCCAUUGUUGUGUAAAAUAGCUGCCUCGACUUUUCCGCUUUUUUUCAAAUUCCUUCAAAAAUAUAGAAGUUCUAGUACUUGUAGGCUUUUGUUAAUAUGCAUCUGUUAUUUGUGUUGUGACAGUUGUUGACCAAGUAGAUAAUGGUCUUGAUUUUAAAUGUUCUCUAAACUUGCCUGUAGAAAAAAAAUGUCUGUAUUAAACAUGUCUUUUGUCUUUA